AUGUCUUCUGCUAACCCAACCAGCGUCGGCGAUAAUAAAUUAAAUUCUCAUGUUGUUGAUGCUGCUAGAAACUAUUCGCAAGUCACUCAGUCGCGCUGUGUAGCUAGUAUACAUUCUCAUUCAAAAGAGGAAACGCAAGAAGAAUAUCGAGCAGUUUUAACUGACCUACCUGAGCGAACAAUUAAGCAUUUCUCUGAUCCAUCUCAACAUAUGGAUAGUUCAGUUUGGGAUGAUUUCAUCUAUCGAGAAGGCGAUAUUAUCAUUGGAGCUUGGGCCAAAACGGGCACAACUUGGACGAGUCAGAUAUUGACACAACUUGUUUUCAAAGGUGUUCAACCACAAGCUAAUAUUCAUAGCAUAGUUCCUUGGUUAGAACUCCAAAAAGGUAUGGCGUUUGGUGGGGAAGUGCUAGGCUAUUUAGAUAAACUAGAUCAUGUUCGUGUGAUCAAAACCCAUUUACCAUUGAAUGCUAUUCCUUAUUCUCCUAAGGCUCGUUACGUUUACGUUGCUCGCAAUGGAAUGGAUGCAGCUUUGAGCAAAUGGAAUCACCACAAUUCAUUGGUUGCAGCCGCUCGUGAAAAAUUCUUAGUUGGUCCACCUGUUAGCUUCGAUGUAUUUUGGCAAGGAUUUUGCACCUCGACUGGUCCCUAUUGGGACUACUUUGAACAUGUUAAUUCUUGGUGGAAAUAUCGGCAUGUACCAAACAUUUACUUCUUACAUUUUGAUGAUCUGAAACAAGAUCUACCUGGAUCGAUUCGAAAAUUAGCCGCUUUUUGUAAUCUAGAGGUUGCAGAUGAACAAACCUUUCAAACCAUUGUUGAUCAUUGCACAUUCGAAUAUAUGAAGAAACAUGAAGACUUGUUUACUCCACCUGUAGUGCCAGUCGGGUCCUUUAUUCACCAAGGCAAAACUGGACGAUGGGCUACUGAAUUGAGCGCCGAACAAAAGAAAGAGUACGACGAAGUUUGCAAAUUAAAAUUCCCACCAGACUUGGUCGAAUGGUUGAAUCGACCAGAUGAAAAAAGAGCAGUAAAAACUGCUUAA